UUUUUGCCCUUUCUAGAUUCCCUUCCCAUGCUCUUUCCUUAUCAAAGGUCUAGUACUGUUUCCCGCCAAAACAAAGCUUCCCACCCUCGAAUAUAACCCAGUGCACUCUUUUCACUGCCUCACAUUUCCACAGCCCAGAGAGAGAGAGAGAGAUGAAGGGCACAUCCAAAGUGAUAAUGGGGGCAACGCUGGUAAUGGUGGUGAGCCUUGCCAUAGUCUUGGGCUUAAUCUUGGUUCUCCUAGCUGAGCUAUACUGUUCACUCUUGCUCCGCCGCAGGCGUCAGCACAAAACCGACAGAAACAACUCCAUCGUCAACACCGACCUGUCCACCACCGCCGCCUCCGCCACCGAAGCAGCCACCACCACCACCUCUGCCGAGCCCUCAUUACAACCCCAAGGCCCUCCUCUAGGCAGCUUUUUAGGCGUUCUUCGAGCUCCGAGAAGCUUCCUCUUCCCAUCAUGCAAAGAAGAGUACAAUGCAGAACCAAAGAAGCAACAACACUGUCACCUCCACCACGUUCUCGACAUCCCAAACCAAGAAAUAUCAAACGAAUCACCAUCUAUUUCCUUAGCAAAUUCACCACAGCCAGCGCAACGAGACCCAGUUCAAGCUGGUACUACUCCAAACACUGCCGCUGCUGCCGGAGAAGAUCAUUUGGUAUACAUUUCCAAUCCGAUAUACGACAACGAAGCAAACAGAGCUAGCAGCAGCACUACUACAGAAGCAAACACUCCCUUUGAAACUCCGGACACAUCGCCUUCAAGACUUGAAAUGGGGGGCUCUACUUCUAGCUCCGGUGAAGAUAACGAUGAGGUUGCACAACCAACUCCAUCCGGUUCUGGACCUUCAAGCCCAACCACACCUCCUCUAACUCCAAUGAAGAAGCUACCCAAAGAGGCAUGCUCUGUUUCUCUCAGAGACGCAAGGUCUCUAGGAACUUCAGGUAGUGAUUCCAACACUAACAAUGGUAACUCAUCCUCAUCCUCAGGUUCUCCUUGUACUUCUCCUUCAUGGUGAUUGAAGCUAGGGUUGUUUUGGGUAGUUCACCAGGUCUGUGAUGUUGUACUGGGAAAUGGUAAAAUGAGCUGGAAAGAGAGAGAGAGAGAGAGCAGCGAGAUGAACUUUUUUCACUGCAUGCGUGAAAAGCCAUGGUGCCAGAAACAGAGCUGCUUCUAUCUCUUUCUUUGACAGAAUUGAUUUCUUUGUUUUCACUUGCUUUUUUGUAAUUGUUAUUGGGAAGCAGUCUUAUUAUGGCAGCAGUACAGUACAUAAAUUAUGACCCUUUGUUUUUGUU